CGCGGCGGCCAGGCCGAGCGAGGAGCCGUCGCCGGCGGCCGGAGGAGCGGGCCGGCGGGGCGGGCCGGCCGGCGGCCGCCCCGGCGAGAGCAGCAUCUCCCGAGGCGCGGCGGGCUCGCGUGAGCGGCGGCGUGCGGAAGGCGGGGGGAGGCAGCGGCGGCUCCCGCCUCAGCCUUCCCCACCAGAGGGUGUCUGCUGGUGGGAAGGGGGAAGCCGCGCUCUCCUGGACUUUUGUGGGAGUGGGGGUUGCGUUGUGUGUGUGGGUUUUUUUUUUUUUUUUUAAGGGGGGGUGGGGUGGGUUAGGAGAGAGUCUGUGGUUUCCAUGGAGAUGAAGCUGAAAGUGCAGGAAAUUUAAAGGCUUUGGGUCCUUGCAAAGCAGACAAACUGGUGCCAACGUGCGUGGCUGCUGUUGCUGCUGAGGAGGCUGCUUUGCAAACGGCGGAGAGGAGCGGGGAGGAAGAAUCGGCAGCAACUUCUUCCACACGCACGGGCAGACGACGAGGAGCAGCGGCGGCAAGCCGAAUUUGCAACAAAAAGAGGCAUCUCCCUUUCCCGGGGAGGGUGAAAAGAAGCAGAAGCAGCAGCAGCAGCAGCAGCAGAAUUUUGGAGCCGCUCCACCAGGAGAAAUUUUAUAGAGAAGCCUGCAAGAGAGAGUGUUUGCAGGGGGCUUGUUCUCCGGGCUUAUUAGGGGGCUGUCUUUGCUGGUGGUGCGGGGAGUGGAGGUGAUCCCCCUUAAAGACAAGCUAUUUUGGAUAUCCCCGUACAAGUUUUCUGAUGUAUUUGCUUGCACCUUCUUCCCCUGCUGUUUGGUGAACCCAGCCCCCCUCUCCCCCCCCCACCGGUCUCCCAAGGAUGGAUCAUUCCCAGUGCCUUGUGACUAUAUACGCCUUGGUGGUUCUGCUGGGUCUCCGGCUAGAGCAGGGCGCCUGCCAGCACUAUCUGCACAUCCGACCGGCUCCCAGCGACAACUUGCCCUUGGUGGAUCUAAUCGAGCACCCGGACCCUAUCUUUGACCCCAAGGAGAAGGAUCUUAACGAGACCUUGCUAAGGAACCUCAUGGGCGGACACUUCGACCCUAACUUUAUGGCUAUUUCCUUGCCCGAGGACCGGCUUGGAGUGGACGAUCUAGCUGAGCUGGACUUGCUGCUCAGGCAGAGACCCUCGGGAGCGAUGCCCAGCGAAAUCAAAGGGCUGGAGUUUUACGACGGGCUGCAGCCGGGCAAGAAGCACAGGCUGAGCAAGAAGCUGCGCAGGAAGCUGCAGAUGUGGCUCUGGUCCCAGACCUUCUGCCCGGUCCUAUACACGUGGAACGAUCUCGGCAGCCGCUUUUGGCCCCGGUACGUCAAAGUGGGCAGCUGCUACAGUAAAAGGUCUUGUUCGGUCCCAGAAGGCAUGGUUUGCAAACCUGCCAAGUCCGUGCAUUUAACGAUCCUGAGGUGGAGGUGCCAGCGUCGGGGGGGGCAGAGGUGCACAUGGAUACCCAUCCAGUACCCCAUCAUUUCGGAGUGCAAGUGCUCCUGCUAGGGCUUGCACUUACCUUUUCUCGCCCCCUUCUCCAGCGGACUCACGUGGACCUUUGCUGCAACAAAAAUAAAAGACAUUUGCUUUCUGGUUAACGUUGUAAUGCACUGUAACGUGUAGGAGAAUGUAUAUUGUGUGUAUAUAUGGCACCGUUUUAAUAUACUAUUAAAAGGUCAGUAUUAUACGUGAAAUAAUCAGCGUCUACUGUAUUUUUAAGACUAUUACCCUGAUCGUUGCUAAUGUAUCUUUUUUUUUUUUUUGGUAUUUAUAUUCCAGAGAGAAGUUGCUUCGCUUUGGCGAAGUAGGGGUUUUGUUGUUUGUUUUUUGUUUGUUGUUUUUUUUUAAUAAAAGGAUUAAAAAAUACAAACCAAACUUUUUGAUAAGAAAACGUUUUAAAGCUAUUUUCCAUUAUUCGGAAAGCGUGUGUGUGAGUUUUUUUCUUUUUCCUUAUGGACUUUAGAUUUAAAAUAAAAAUGAAUAAACGCCUAGAGCACAAUGUUAUUGUAAAUAGAGAGAACAGUUUGAAUGACUUAAUCCUAUGUAAAUGAAGAGUAUCUGCUAUUUAUUCUUUAUAUCCUUGUAGUAAAAGUGCAGUGCAGAAUUAAAGUCAACCACUAAAACACGA